GCAUUUAAACGCAAUUCAGACUUUGGCGCCGCAUCUCCUCCGAUAUCUUACGGUCUGUGUAAUUAUAUCAAGCGAUAAAAAGAAAAAAAGUCUAAUAAAAGAUCUUGUCCAUCUGGUGCAGCAAGAGGCUUAUUCAUACCAGGAUCCUGUCACUGAAUUUAUUUCCUGCCUUUAUGUCAAAUUUGACUUUGAUGGAACGCAAGAGAAGUUAAAACUUUGUGAAACGGUACUUCCAAACGACUUCUUUCUUACUGGCUGUUUUGAAGACUUCAUGGAAAACGCCCGAUUACUUAUGUUCGAAUCAUUCUGUCGCAUUCAUCAUUCCGUCGGAAUUGAGUAA